AUGAGACAAUCAUAUCAGCUGCCCCUGCUGGGGCUCUUACUCUUUUCUCUUGUCCCAAGCCAACUAUGCAAGACCUGUGCCAUAAGUGAAGAAAACUACUUCCGUCUAGCACCUCUGUUGCGUGCAAUGGACAAAUCAAAAUAUACCAGGGGAACAGACGCUGCCAACGUCCUGUUGUCCCAGAGACUGGUUGGGAUCGCAGACCCAGUCAUAAAGCAACACUUGCUUCAACAAGUCAAAUACAAUAUGCAACGGAAUGUGUCAAAUUUAACCUCAGGACAGCUUGCCUUGAUUGUAAUGGCAUUGGGAGCAUGUCAUACCCAAGAUGAAAAGGUUAUCUAUGACUACCACCUGAUUGGCCAGCUAGAAAAUAAAUUCCGUGCAGAAAUCGAAAAUAUGGGAGCACACGAUGGCAACCCACUGACUAACUACUACCAGCUCAGCCUGAACCUGCUGGCCUUAUGUCUCUUCAAUGGGAGCUACUCAAUCCCCGAAGUCACUGAACUCUUCUCUCCUGAAAAUAAAAACUACUAUUUGAGCGGCCAGUUCUCAGUAGAUACUGGUGCAAUGGCCGUCCUGGCUCUGACCUGUGUGAAAAGGAGACUGAUGAAUGGGCAGAUCAAAGCAGAUGAGAAGGCUGUAGAGAGGAUCAGUAAUCAUACAGAGUCACUGGUAAAGAAGAUUCUGUCUGAGAAAAAAGAAAAUGGUCUCAUUGGAAAUGUAUUUAGUACGGGAGAUGCUAUGCAGGCCCUUUUUGUGUCAUCAGACUAUUACCAAGAAAGUCAAUGGAAUUGCCAACAAACUCUGGACACAGUGCUCGAGGAAAUUUCUCAAGGAGCAUUCAGUAUUCCGAUUGCCGCAGCGCAGAUCUUACCUGCUGUGAUGGGAAAGACCUACUUGGAUGUUAACUCUUGUGUCUCUAGUGCAGGUAACUUCAACAUUUCCAAUCCUGUGCCUAUAACGGUGUCGCCUCCUGACUCACCCUCUAAUAUCUCAGUCAAUUACUCUGUGAGAAUAAAUGAAACAUAUUUCACCAAUGUCACUGUGCCAAAAGGUUCUGUCUUCCUAGAUGUGAUGGAGAAAGCUCAGAAAGAGAACAAGACUAUAUUCGGUUUCACAAUGGAGGAGAGCGAAUGGGGCCCCUACAUCACCUCUGUUCAGGGCCUAAGGGCCAACAGUAAUGACAGAACCUACUGGCAGCUUCUGAGUGGAGGCAAACCACUGAGCCAAGGAGCUGGUAAUUACAUUGUCCAUGAAGGAGAGAACUUGCAGGUUCGUUGGAGCAAAUACUAAUAAGCCCAAACCUUCCUGAGUUGGACAGAAUCCUUUUGCAGUGGAAUUCCAA